CCGUUCUUUGUUCACGGUUCUCCUUCCAAGUUUUAAGUGAAGGAAUGGUGCAAGGGGAAUUCUAGGAGCAACACAGUUUGAAGUCCUGGAAGGUGUAAGCAGCUAAGAGGAAGGCACAAUGAUAGCUGAGGUUUUUCUCCUUUGUGGAACAAUUGGACUGGUGCAGUCAGACUCUGUGCGCUCAAGACAUCUUGGCCACAGGAUGCAAGAUCACCGAUUGUCAACGAGCACACCGUCGUCGUCUUGGCAUGAGCAACACCGGCCAAGAGAGUUUCUCCACAAGGAGACUGCUCAAACUUCACACCAGGGAGAGACAGGCGAUGAUUACGAAGCUCUUCACCAACAACCCGGACACGAGAACUGGUGCUCCUUUACGCAGUCCCGGCUGGUGACGUACAUCGGCCUUUGCACAUCAGAGAAGUACAUAAUCAAGUCACAGCAACCGUGUCCACAUGGGACUCCAGAUUGCCAGAAGACCAUGUACAGAACAGCUUUAAAGCCAUUCUACCAGGUGAAGCAAAAAGUCGUAAGCUCUUUGCACUGGAAGUGCUGCCCUGGCUACACCGGCAAGAACUGUGAAAACCACGACCCUAGUUUCUUUCCAGUGCCCACCACUAAGCCAGGAGGCUGGGAAGAAGGAUGGGAGGCGCUCUCAAGCAGAACAUCUUCAUCGCUGGAAUCCAGAGACAUUCUGGAAGCCCACCAGAGCCACGAAGCGCUGCUGGAGGAUCUGCAGAACGAUGUCCAUCAGGCAACGAGCAACUUGGGAGUCUUGCAGAAGGCAUUUUAUGACAACAUCAGUCGCCCAGGAAUAGAAGCCAACUACAACCAGACAGGAGUACAGGAACAAUUCCUCCAGCAGCUGGUUGUUUUCCACAUUGAGAGUUUCUUAAAGGAACGUUUUAACCCAGUCUGGUCUAGCUUCAACAAAAGCCUACAAGAUCUUUCCACCAUGCUGAAAAAUCUCUCGCACCACGUCGAGGCCAAUCGGAAAAGCAUCGAGGAAUUCCAAGAAAGCACUGUGCCAAAGAAGGACUUCCAGGAGCUCGGAACUAAGUUUGAAUCCAAAAUUCAGGGAAACGUAUGGAGAGCGGACCAGACAAAGAGAGAAAUUGACACUCAUUUACACUUGCAGCAGGCAGCCAUGCACUACAAUCUCACCAUGAUCAAAGCAGACACCGACAUGAAGCUGAAGAGAUACCACAAAAUCCAACACUCUUACUUGUUAGCCUUAAACAACAGCCUAACAGACAUGAGACAAGAGCAAGACAGUCUUCGAAAUGAACUAGAGACCCUGAACAGAAAUGUGGCAGGAUUUCCGGUGCAAUUCAGCAGCCUAAAUGAGGAAGCUACCGAAACAGACAUUCGGGAUCUCAAUCAGACCUUAGUAGGGCAUGCUCAGCAGCUAAAGGAACUCUUUGAAGAAUCUGACGAGUUCUACGAUGAUUUUAACAAGUUCCAGGUUUCCAUUAAUGCGUUCAAGACCAACUCAAAAAGUGAAAUGGAGGAGCUUAGAGUGGCCUUGAUAGAGAAAAGUCUUAUCAUCGAGGAAUACAAGGAAGACUUGGAAAGGAAGAUCCUAGCCCUAAACGAUAGUCUGGAAAAUAUUAGAGAGAGCCACUGGGAUCUAGAGAGGUCUAUGAAAGCAUGCCAUUGUGUAAAAAUACCUUCGGAUGUUGAUGCGGAAGAGCAAGCAAACGCCACUUGUGCAAUCAGAGAGGAAAUGCAGCAAUUUGAGGUCCGUCUCAAAGCUCUCAAGAACGAAAUUGAUGACCUUGCCACAGCUUUUCGCCUUUUUCAUCAACCUCUAGAUUUCCAGCAGAAACAGAGUCGAGAGCUGGAAGGGGAAGUCGCUAAUCUUAAGGCCCAGGCUCAAACUCUGUCUGAGGAUCUCAGUGUCCUGAGAAAAACUGACGAGAGGAUGCACUGGCAAAUCAAGUAUCUCAACAGCUCUUUUAACUCUCUCUUGGUAGAUGCUAUGAGACAUGAGACAGCACUAGAGGCUUUGCUUGGAGAAGAAAUUAUGGAGAUCUUGACUGAAGAGGAUACUAGCUCCUCAAUAUCAUCUCUAGAUCAGCUUCAGGAAACUUUCAGAGUAAUUUCAGACAACCUUGAGAAGCAGAAUAUUACGAUGGAAUCUCUUAUGAAGAAAAUUCACUCUUUGGAGAUGGAUUGUGGCAACACCUCCAAUGGCCAUGAACCUCUCAUGCAUCACAUCCUUGAAAAGCAAACAGAGAACACAGAGAAAGAAAUCAGCGUGCAACAUGGUGGCAUAGAACACAUGGAGCCAAAUCACGAAGCUGCCAUGGAGGACGUCUUGGAUAAUCCAGCAUACCAUGACAUCAUGAUCCUGAAGAAAGAAAUUGGACACCUUAGCAGGGAAAUGAAGAAAUAUGAAUUGCAAAAGGAUCGUACUGAUCUCUGCUGUAAUCACACUGUAGUCAGUGUGAUGGAUCCACUCAAUGUUUCAUUGGAGAACUUGAAGGAAGAACUUGCAUUGACCAAACAAACCUUUGACGAGCAUCUGCAGAUCUUUCAAAAGCUGUUUGGAAAUACCCAAGAACUAGCUGCCACCAAUGCGAGUUUGGAUGUUGCAAAGAUUCAUUCAAUGAUGGGCAGACAAAUGAGGAAGCAGCUUAAAGUUCAGGAGCGGCAAAAAACGAGGGACAAGAAUGAGGCCGGCCAACACAGAGAAGGCACUUUGAAUGGAAGAAACAAGAUACAGGCAGAGAUCUUGGAGACAGAUUCACCAGUGGCAUUUUAUGUGAAGUAUUCAGAAGGAAUAGAAGGACUCAGCCUCAACAGAACGUAUCUCAAUUACGGAGAAGGGUAUUUCCCCGCGCAUGGCUACUUCAAGUCCCCUCAGAGCGGGGUUUACAUGGUUGCAAUCAGCAUGGACUCUAACCCGGGAAUGGCUCUGGGGCAACUGGUUUUUAGCAACGGGCACAGACUGACAGUGACGGGCAGUAAGAAGAGAAAGGGACAUGGGGGUGGCACCGUGACGGCUUUUGCACUAGUGGAGCUCAAAAAGGGGGAGCACAUGUGGUUCGAGCUGCUGCAGGGUUCUACAGUGACACAGAACCCAGCUGGGAUGAGCAUGGCUGGAUUUUUGAUACUCAAAACUUGAAAAAAAAACCAACACCCCGGGGUAAUAAAUGAUAUCUUUCCCAUAAGGCACACAGAACCACAGAGUGUGCAUAUUUUAAAAGGUAGUCCUGCCCUUGGUUUGACAAUGUGCUGCUUUCUAGAAAUCGCCCAAUAGUUGCUUAGCGUUGUCACGCAGCGUUAGAGACAGGCAAUGGAAUUGAUUGCAUUUCUUCCAAGCGCUGAAGGAAAAAGCGUUCGAUUCCAGUG